AUGUCGCUGCAACGCUCAUCGGCGCCGUUAGUAUGGAUUGACUGUGAGAUGACAGGUCUCGAUCCCGACACCGACCACAUCCUCCAAAUCUGCUGUUUUGUAACAGACGCGCAACUGCAGCUCCUCGACCUGAAUGGCUUCGAGGUCGUCAUCCACCAGCCCAAAGCUACGCUAGAUGCCAUGGGACAAUGGUGCAUUGACACGCACGGUAAAUCUGGUCUCACCCAAGCCGUGCUCGCCUCCACCACCGACGCCGCCACCGCCGCGACAGACCUCCUAGCCUACAUCAAAAAAUAUGUACCGAAUCCGCGCACAGCACUGCUCGCGGGGAACAGUAUUCAUGCAGACCGCGCCUUUUUGGCCAAGGAACCGUAUUCCCCCGUCCUCGAGUGGCUCCAUUACCGUCUGCUCGAUGUCAGCACCCUUAAAGAGGCUGCCAGACGCUGGGGUAGCGAUGAGUUGCUGCGCGAUGCACCGCCGAAGCGCGAGGUCCAUCUAGCCAAGGACGAUAUUCUCGAGAGCAUUGAAGAGAUGAAGUAUUACCGCUCACGGCUCUUCAACGGAAGCUGA